AUGGGGAGAUUGAGCCCGGAGAAAUUUGACUUGGGGUGUGAGUUGCUUAUUUCGACUCCUUCCUCGAAUCAGGUGGCUACCAGUUCAGUCCGCGUUGGGUGUUCAAUGUUGUCUAACAAUCACAUCAUAAUUGAUUAUGGACGGCGCAGUUUGGUAUUCCCAAAACAUGAAGGGUUGGAGUUGAUCUCAACUCGAGAGGUUGUGAAAGCGCUGCAAGAAGGAGCCACGUGUUUUAUGGUGAUGGCUAAACCAGAAAAGAAGGGUGCAACGGAGAUGAUUCAGAAUAUUCAUGUUGUUAAUGAGUACACAUAUGUGUUUCCGGAUGAAGUACCAAGAUUGCCACCGGGUCGGGAUGUUGACUUCACCAUUGACUUAAUUCCUGGUGCGGGUCCUGUGUCCAUGACUCCAUAUCGAAUGGCACCUGCAGAAUUGGCAGAACUCUAG